AUGGCUCAACCGAGAGGUGUGUGCAUUGCUGCGUUAAAAGUUAAAUUUGAAGAAUUUAAUGGCUUUACAUUAUACCUUUUAGAACUUGCGGUAGGAAAUAUUGUUCGUCGUGUACUACGUUUGAUACGUGAUGUAUAUAAUUCUGAAGUGUCCAUUAAAUCUGUUCCUCAAAAAGGUAGAAUUUACGAAUUACAAAGUUAUGGUGGAUCGAAUUCUAUUACGGAGAUGAUUAAUGAACUCGAGAAUAUGUAUGUUAAUAUUGCAGAUCAAGCCAUGGAACACAUUCAUUCUAACGAAUUUAUAAUGACAGUAGGAAAAUCAAGAACAGUUGAAAUGUUCUUGAAAGCCGCAGCGAAGAAAAGAAAAUUCUCGGUCGUAGUUGCAGAAACUUCACCAACAUAUCUUGGACAUGAAAUGGCUUUAUCUCUGUCACAAGCAGGGAUUGAUACAACAGUGAUUUCUGAUUCAGCAAUUUUUGCUGUCAUGUCAAGAGUGAAUAAAGUUAUAAUGGGAACUCAUGCAGUUCUUGCAAAUGGUGGAUUAAUCUCUGUCAGCGGCACUCAAAUGGUUGCCACAGCGGCGAAACAUCAUUCCACUCCAGUUGUAGUUUGUACAGGAUUAUAUAAAUUAUCUCCCCUUUAUCCAUAUGACGAAGAUUCAUUUAAUGACAUGGUUGCUCCUGAUUCCGUGAUGCGUUUCGAUGAAGGAGAUUUAAUUGAUAAAGUUACACUUAUAAAUCCCUAUUACGAUUAUGUUUCACCUGAACUUGUUAAUUUAUUUAUCACAAAUACCGGUGGACAUCCUCCUUCAUAUUUGUAUAGACUUAUUAAUGAAAAUUAUGAUCCUGAAGAUACUGAUAUAUAA